AUGGUGGACCCGUUUAGGGAGCGCACCGCCCGGCUACUGGUGGACUACCUCGAGUUCUGCGCCCGGGAGCCCGGCACUCCCGCUCCUGCGCCCUCCACGCCCGAGGCUGCCGUGCUGCGCCACGUGGCCGCCCGUGUCCAGGAAGCAAAUCGAAACGUCUUGCCGCUUUACCGCCGCUGCCGCAGGCACCGCGUCGAGCUGGUGGCCAGGAUGGCGCAGAGGCUACUCGACGAAGACCCUGGCCCCAGCUGGGGACGCGUGGCCUCACUCGUGACCUUCGCGGGGUCGCUGCUGGAGAGGCCGCCGCAGACGACCCGACGGCAGAAGAGAGACGACGACGACGGCGUUAGCAGGGACUGUCGGCUCCUGGUGGCCCUUCUGUGUGUCCAGUUCUGCGAAAGGCACCGCGCCUGGCUGAUGGCCAACGGCGGCUGGGAUGGAUUUUGCCUCUUCUUCAGCCACUCAUUGCAGCCAUCUUGGGAAAGACAGCUGGUCUGGUUAUUCCUCUCAUACUGGACAGCAAUAAUCAUAAUCUACUUCUGGAUAAAAUUAUCAUGUGGUGGCGGUCAUUUCAUCUAUGCUAGCUAAAACUGCUGGGCUGAAUCCCA